GUCCUGUUCGGACGCGCUCUUUGCACGCUGUGUUUUCCGACGCGGCUGGAAGUCAGCCUCGUCACGAAGAAAAUCGGCCGAUCAACACAAGUGGUCAUGCUCCACGCAUCCCGGCCUCGCGUGGUGUGACAACUUCCGCGCGCGUCAAUGGCGUGAGACUGCCGACUGCUCACCCUUCCCUGCCCGAUGACUCGACCAUUCAUCUGUCCAAGGGUCUGCGUUAUCAGGGCCGGUUGGCUGGGCGGCGAGCAGGUCAGGCGGCAGGCCGAAGUUCCGCCAAUGCUGCAGGGCGGACGUCCGCUGAUCCUGCUGCAG